UCAGAGAAACGAAACAUUACUCAAUCUCUUUCACAAAAACAAAACUCAGCUCAGUGUCUGUCAGCAAGCCUCAGUCAGUGUCAGUGUCUGUCAGUGUGAGCAGUGAAAUGGCUGAGGCCAAUAUCUCGGUGGAUCAGGACCAGUUCAGCUGUUCAAUCUGUCUGGAUAUACUGAAGGAUCCAGUGACUACUCCCUGUGGACACAGUUACUGUAUGCGCUGUAUUAAGGGCUACUGGGAUCAGGAUGAUCAUACUGGUGUCUACAGCUGUCCCCAGUGCAGAGAGACCUUCACCCCAAGACCAGUUUUAAGAAAAAGCACCAUGCUGGCUGAAGUGGUGGAGAAACUGAAGAAGACAGGACUCCAAGCUGCUCCUCCUGCUCACUGUUACGCUGGACCUGGAGACGUGGCGUGUGAUUCCUGCACUGGGAGAAAGCACAAAGCCAUCAAGUCCUGUCUGGUGUGUCUGGCAUCUUACUGUGAAAUUCACCUCCAGCCUCACUAUGAAUCUCCUGCCUUUAAAAAACACAAACUGGUCAAAGCCACUGGAAACCUGCAGGAGAAGAUCUGCUCUAAUCAUGACAAACUGUUGGAAGUGUUCUGUCGUGCUGAUCAGCAGUGUAUCUGUCUGCUGUGUGUGAUGGAUGAACACAGAGGCCAUGAUACAGUCUCAGCUGCAGCAGAAAGGACAGAGAAACAGAAGCAGCUGGGGGUGACACGGAGUAAGUUCCAGCAGGGAAUCCAGGAGAGAGAGAAGGAGCUGCAGGAUCUGAGACAGGCUGUGCAGUCACUCAAGCGCUCUGCACAGACAGCAGUGGAGGACAGUGAGAGGAUCUUUACUGAGCUGAUCCGCUCCAUUGAGAGAAGGCGCUCUGAGGUGAAAGAGCUGAUCAGAGAUCAGGAGAUGGCUGAAGUGAGUCGGGCUGAAGGACUCCUGGAGCGACUGGAGCAGGAGAUUGCUGAGCUGAGGAGGAGAGAGGCUGAGCUGGAGCAGCUUUCACACACAGAGGAUCACAUCCAUUUCCUCCAGAGCUGUCAGUCCCUCUGUGCCCCUCCUGGACCUGGACACCCUCCCAGCAUCACUGUCAGUCCAAACGUCUCUUUUGAGGCUGUGAGGAAAUCUGUCUCUGAACUGAAAGAGCGACUGGAGGAUGUUUUCAAGGCGGAGUUGGUCAAAGUUUCUGGAAGAGUGGAAGAAGUCUCUGUUCUAGAGCCCCAGACCAGACAGGACUUCUUACAAUAUGGCUGUCAGCUCACACUGGACCCCAACACAGCGCACAGACACCUCCGUCUGUCUGAGGGGAACAGAGAGGUGACCCGUGUGGGAGAGAUCCAGUCAUAUCCUGAUCAUCCAGAGAGAUUUGAGUGCUACACCCAAGUGCUGUGCAGAGAGGGUGUGUCUGGACGCUGUUACUGGGAGGCUGAGUGGAGUGUGGGUGGGGUUUAUAUAGCAGUGUUAUAUAAAGAGAUCAGGAGGAAAGGGCUGGGUGAUGACUGUAUAAUGGGAUGUAAUAACAAGUCCUGGAGUUUGUUCUGCACUCCCUCCAGUUACUAUUUCUGUCACAAUAAUAAGAGCACUAAAAUCCCUGUUCCCUCCUCCUCCAGAAUAGGAGUGUACCUGGAUCACAGGGCAGGAACUCUGUCCUUCUACAGCGUCUCUGACACAAUGACCCUCCUGCACAGAGUCCAGACCACAUUCACUCAGCCCCUCUAUCCUGGGUUUGGGGUUUGGUCUGGAUCCUCUGUAAAACUGUGUGAUCUGGGAUGAGGCAGAGAGUGAAGGGAAGAUCAGCUGUAAUGAAGAGAGAGAGAGAGAGAGAGAGAGAGAGAGAGAGAGAAUAGGUGAACAAAAAAUUAUAUAUAUAUUUUUUAUAAGUGGCUUCAGGGCACAUCUCAAUAGUCCAGAACAAAAAAUGAUUCCUUUUUCAAAAAGAGGAGUAGAAUUAAGCGGCCAAAAAAUUAGGAACACCGGAAAGAAAGAAAAAGAACAAAAAAGUGGAAUUCACGUGACCGCGUUCGUCCGUGGUUAUCAGUGGCAGGCCGUCCAAUCGGCUCCUUUCCCUCGGAAGUCCCCCUUCUCCGCCUUGUGGCCCGUCUCUCGUUAGGGAUCCUCACACGCACUGGCUCCGGGUCUCUCCUCCUCUGUCAUGAGCCCCGCUCUGUUCUCCAGCGCGGCUUUUUGUGGGGCGUCUCUCUCUUUCUCCAACUCGGCCCAGCCGCGCCUGUCCAAUCAGAAAUGAUGAGGAGUGAGUGUUGGCGUUCCCCACGCGCCUCUCCCCGGUGGUGCUGACUCUCCCCCCGGCUCUCUCCAAGGUGCCACUCUGUUAAAUACCAUAUUGGGAAAUAUACGUUGUUCAUUACUUUCCCAGCUCUUGGCGCUGGCGCACGGGUCGUUCCGCUCCAGCGAUCCCCGAUCGGGCCACACCAUGGUAACCAGGUCUGAUGGGUUCUUUGUUCUGUAAAUCGUGUGGAAAAGGUUUGGCUGAUGCCAAUAAAGCCAUUUGAAUUUGAGAGAGGGAGAGGGAGAGAAACAGAGAGGGAGAGAUGGGGAGGGAGAGAAGGAGAUAGAGAGAAAGAGAGGCAGGGGGGAUAGAGAGGAGAAAGAAAGAUAUAUACAUACAUAUAUGGGGAAAGGUUGUUGUUGUU